AAAUACACAUACCUGUAGCUGCAUGUAUGCUGGGCUUUGUAGAUUUUGUGGAGUGAUUUGAAAACGUGACUAUUGGGGGUUUUUGUUAUGGGUCAAAGAUGGAAAAGGUUAUCCUUGAUGGUAGUCUUGCUACUUUGGAAGAAUGCUGAUGGAUUUAAAGGGGUUGCUUAUUCCAGUGACCCAUGGGAUCAGCCUCCUGACACCUUGCCUCUUGCGGUCCAGUCUUCUAUGUCAGAGACCCAUGUGACUGGGACUUUGCCUGUUGAAGAAGUGGGCUCCACUUUGUUCCCUAACAAACCCUUAAAAAGCAGGUCAAAGUUGAAUCUACUCCAGUCUGUUAAAGGUGGUUCUAGUAGCUAUCAGUCAAUGUCCCAUGCCCAGACUGCUCCAAGCAGCUAUGCCUCAGCUUCCUUACCUCUGCCCCCAGUUCAAAAGCCUUCAAGUAGUUUGAUGUCCUCUGGAUCAACCGUCCCAGGUGUUGCUAGUGGAUUAAGUUUGGAGACCCAGUAUGCUACAGGUGGUUCUGGAUCCCUUAUUUCUAUGCAAGGAGGGAGUAGUAGCUACGCUGCAGAACUUGGCACUUCUGGUCAGUCCACCAGUGAUGGUUUGCAUGUGUCUAGCUCCCAGGGAACCUCUGUUCAUCAAUCAGCAGAAGCCCGUUUGCCUGUGUUCUCUCAAAGUAUCUCUUACAGCAGUUCAUCUGCUCCAGGUGCUGUUUCCACUUCUCAAAGUAGCCCUGUACUACUUCCAGAAAGUUCAGGUCAACCGGUGUCUUGGGGUGAAGGUAGUUACAGUGGUUUGUCUCGAGGUGCUUCUAGUCCAUAUACCUCAGUCUCAAGUACAAAGCUCAGUUCUUCAACCAUUUCUCACCAGUCCUCUGGUGGCCAGAGCUCCCCCAGUUGGUUUAGUUCCAGAUCUCAGGAUAGUUCUGGUGCACCUUUAGCUUCUGGUUCCUUUCUAGCAAAAGUGACAGGGCUUAGUCCUCGUGAGACAUCCAGUCAGCUUCUGCCCUUGGUGGUAUCUAGCCACUCUACUAGUGGUCAAAGCUCCCCUAGUUUGCAUGUAGUUAGCCCUCAGAUCAGUUCUGAUUCAAAGUCAACAGGUGCUGCUGCUGCAUCUCCAUACACUUGGGGCACUAUCCCUUACAGUAGCUUGUCUAGCCAGGCUCAAGGCUCUACCACUUCUCAGGGCAGCUCUGGGGCUAAAUUGUCAGCAAGUUCUGUCCAAUCUAUCCCCACACAAGUAGGGAGUGACAGUUACAGUGGCGUGUCCCAGUCUCUCACUGCCUCUAGUCUGUAUACUCCAGGAUCCUUGUCUAACAAGCUUGAUGCUUUACCCCUGCAGGUUUCUAGCCAGUCCACAAAUGCUCAAAGUUCACCUAUUGUUUCUAUGUCAAACACCCAGAGCAGGUCUGGGACGCAGUUAGCAACUUCUAGUCGUUAUGUCCCUGUACAAGGAGGUAGCUCAACAUUAUCUCUCAAGCCUCUGGGCACACUUGGUCGGUAUACUCCCAUGUCCCCUACCAAAUAUAUAAAAGGUCCCACAAGUAGCAGGACUACCUAUGGAGCAGUUUCACAGGUUGGCUCUCUGUCUCAAAUGGAAGCUUCUGGUCCACUUCUAUCUCAGGGAGGGAACCAUUACAGUGGGUUGCUUCCACAGUCACAAGCUGCCUCUGGUCAAUAUGCUCUUGGCUACUCCAAGCCCAUUUCCUCACCCCAGGGCACUUCCAGUCAGUCUGCCAGUGUCUUGAGUUCCCAUAAGCAACCUGUCUCUGCCUCCCAGGGCAGCUUUGGGGCUCAGUUUGGGGCCUUGCAGGGAAUGAGCAGCUCUUCCAGUGGUUCGAUCCAGUCUCAAGGUACCUUAGAUUUAUAUUGCAAGUGUGCAUUGCCACCCCUAGAUGUAGGCAGUCAGACUACUCCCAGUUCACAUAAGCGUCUUGCAUCUAGCUAUGGCACCCAGUCAGAGUCUAUCCCCUUCACCCUGCAAGGAAGUGUUACUUAUGAUGGAUCACCACAGCCUAAAGUUGCUGCAAGUCAGUUUGCACUGGUGUCUCAAUCAUAUCCAAGUGUAUCAUCCCAAGGUGUUGCCAGUCAGUCUACUACUGUUCGGGAUUCUCAGAAGCCGCUUACGUCUACCUACACAGGCAGCUCUGGCACCCAGGCAGGGUCCUCUACUCCCGUCACCCUGCAUCAUGCUGCUUAUGGUGGAUCAUCUCAGCCUCAACAUACUGCUAGCCAGUUUAGCCCUGGGUUGUCAUCCUCAUAUCAAAGUUUAUCGUUGUCCUCACCCCUAGGUGUUGCCAGGCAAUCUAGUUCAUGGAAGCAGUUUACCUCUGCCUCCCAUGGCAGCUCUGGCACCCAGGCUGGGUCCUCUUUCACCCUGCAGGGAAGCACUGCCUAUGGUGGAUCAUCUCCCCAAGAUGCUAGUCAAUCUGUCCCUGGGUCUUCAUCCCCAUAUGCAAGUGUAUCAUUGCCCUCACCUCAAGGUGUUGCUAGUCAGUCCAACCAAGCAUAUCAAGGCUAUUCUGUGUCCCAAAGCCAGAAGUCCCAAAGAUGGCAGCCUUUAGCCGCUCAUUGGACACAAGGUAUUCAGACAUCAGAUGCAGCUGCAUCACAGGGUAGUUCAUCUUCAAGCUCUCCAAUGCAUGUCUCCUCCCUAUCAUCUGCAAGAGGCUCAUCAAGAGUUUCUAGUCCACUUGUUUCUGCGCUGGGUGGUAGCACCAGUUAUGAUGGCUCUUUCCGAUCUCAAAGCCUCUCUACCAAGUAUACCCCUGGGUCCCAGCUCUUGUCCUAUGAUCCAAGUGUUGCUGGUCAAGGUACAUCCAGUGCUUCAGCUUCUGAGAUCUCAAGUAGCUACAGUUCCAUGAACAAUCAGAAUGUUCCGGUUCCAUCCCGCAGCUCUUCCUCAAGGCGCUUCUACUCUAUCAAGGGAUAAGAGACUCUGGUAAACUGCCACAAGAUGCAAAUGUCUUCCAGAGCAAACCCCAAUAAAUCUUUCAAUGAAAA